AGUUUGCUGUCCUGACUAACCCAACCCCAGCUUCUGCAGACAAUCUCAGCCCAAGUCCAGUCAUCAUGGGGAAGGAGAAACUCCACAUCAACAUUGUUGUGAUCGGCCAUGUGGACUCUGGGAAGUCCACCACCACGGGCCACCUCAUCUACAAGUGUGGCGGCAUCGACAAGAGAACGAUAGAGAAGUUUGAGAAGGAAGCUGCUGAGAUGGGAAAGGGGUCCUUCAAGUACGCCUGGGUGCUGGACAAGCUGAAGGCGGAAAGGGAGCGCGGCAUCACUAUUGACAUUUCACUGUGGAAAUUUGAAACAAGCAAGUACUAUGUGACCAUCAUAGAUGCUCCAGGCCACAGGGAUUUCAUCAAGAAUAUGAUCACUGGAACCUCCCAGGCCGACUGUGCUGUGCUCAUUGUGGCAGCAGGAGUGGGAGAAUUCGAGGCAGGUAUUUCCAAGAAUGGACAAACCCGUGAGCAUGCCCUUCUGGCAUACACCCUCGGAGUAAAGCAGCUCAUUGUGGGCAUCAACAAGAUGGACUCCACCGAGCCAAACUACAGCCAGAAGCGUUAUGAAGAGAUUGUGAAGGAAGUGAGCACCUACAUCAAAAAGAUUGGCUACAAUCCAGACACUGUUGCCUUCGUGCCCAUUUCAGGUUGGAAUGGAGACAACAUGCUUGAGCCCAGUCCAAAUAUGACUUGGUUUAAGGGGUGGAAGAUCACCAGGAAGGAUGGCAGUGCAUCUGGGACCACACUUUUGGAAGCUUUGGAUGCCAUUCAGCCUCCGACCCGUCCAACGGACAAACCUCUACGUCUUCCUUUGCAGGAUGUCUACAAGAUAGGAGGUAUUGGAACUGUGCCUGUGGGUCGUGUGGAAACAGGCAUCCUGAAGCCCGGCAUGGUUGUGACAUUUGCCCCGGUAAAUGUGACAACCGAGGUGAAGUCUGUGGAGAUGCAUCAUGAGGCGCUGACAGAAGCUCUCCCAGGCGACAAUGUGGGCUUCAACGUUAAGAAUGUGUCCGUGAAGGAUAUUCGUCGUGGCAACGUGGCUGGAGAUAGCAAAAAUGAUCCUCCACAGGAAGCUGCCAACUUCACUGCUCAGGUGAUUAUCCUUAACCACCCAGGCCAGAUCAGUGCUGGUUAUGCUCCUGUUCUGGACUGCCACACUGCUCACAUCGCCUGCAAGUUUGCAGAACUCAAGGAAAAGAUUGAUCGCCGCUCUGGCAAGAAGCUGGAGGACAACCCCAAAUCUCUCAAGUCCGGAGAUGCCGCUAUUGUAGAGAUGAUUCCUGGGAAGCCGAUGUGUGUUGAGAGCUUCUCUGAGUACCCACCACUGGGUCGUUUUGCUGUACGUGACAUGCGUCAGACUGUGGCUGUUGGUGUGAUAAAAGGUGUGGAGAAGAAAGUGUCUACCACUGGCAAAAUCACCAAGUCUGCUCAGAAGGCCCAGAGGAACAAAUGAAUGUUGUGUUGCUCUGCCGACCACAAGGUCUCUCAAGGCAGGACAUCGCUCAUCCAACUCUAUCGUACGAUUGGCCGCUUCAACACAAUAAUUAAAGACUGGUUAAUCAUCACAAUGCAUCGCAAAAGCAUCCGAAGGAAAGAAACUGUAGAGCUGUAUUCCUUGCUCUGGCACUCCUGGCUUCAUUUCAGUAGUUAGAUAUGUGUUAAAAAUAACGUUCACUGUAGACUAUUGAUUUGGUUCAUGGCAAUACCUUUAUCUUAAGAAACGGAACAUAUAGAAAUACAAUGUAAUUUUAUCAACCUAGCUAUCUGGAGUGCUAGUCCUACUCUACAUGUCCUGCUUUCAGUGUUUGUUUGCAACUACAUGGUGCUCUACACAAGUGAACAAUAGUUACAA